CAAACAUCAAUUCUCUCUGUGUCAUCCUAAGACGCCUGACAGCCACAUCAGUCUACUCUUCCAUACCAUCAUCACACAAUCCAGCAUCAUGGUGUCCACCAGAAAGGGCGUCUACGAGUCGGAUCCUCGCGCCGCAAUCAAGACCAGGAACAAGCGCAAGCAGGUCGAUGAACUUACGCGAUCCCUUCAAGAUACUCCUGCGCACGUCGACGCUACCACUGAGCGUCACAAUGCCCCUGACGGGUACGAUUGGGCUACCGAUCUGAUGAACACGAGAGAAGCUCCUGAACAAGAUCACUCGGGCUCCAAGCAUACGAUCAAAUCCUCUGGCCCCUCGAGUAUGUCCAGCAUCAAAACUACCCAAGAAGAGCAGCAAAUGACAAACCGCGCUGCCCCUGCUGAUCCUAAGGCCUUCAAUGUUGACCUGCAUCACACCGACCGUGGCUUUGCUCACGUCGAGAAUGGCAUCGUCGUCGUACCCAACCACGUCUACGUUGCAUCGGAGACUGCCUCAGGUCGACUUCUCGAGUGGGCCGAGGUCUCCCUUGACCAAGAACGCAUUUACACGCGCUUCAAAUUCGCACUGGAGGCCGGCACAGUCACCAACCUCCGCGAGUUCUACGCUCUGCCUGAAGACCAUGUCGCCAAGGUGGGCCCGACCAGCUUUAAUAAGCAGCUCUUCUACAGCGCUGGCUUGCUCUACCAGGCCAGAAGCAUUCUCAUUGACGAAGGUUUCCGUGCCUCCACUUGAGUCUGGAAACUGCGGUAGAAGAUUCAUUGGUGCCCCCUAGAGAACCAUGAUUGAAUCCCUGAUAUAGACAACUUGGAGGCCGAGAGUUCACUUGCAUUGAGGCAGCGCUCGAUUGUGCUGGACGACGAUGGACGAGAGAAGGUUACUGAUUGCAUACAAUAGUCGCCGAAAAGUACGGUAGAUAUGCAGAUGUGUCUUAUAUCACCAGAUUGUAUAACUG